AUGUGUGUACUUCCCAGGUUUACGGAGGCAGAUACCAUCGUGAUGGGGGACGUCACAUACGGGGCCUGCUGUGUGGACGACUUCACCGCCAGAGCGCUGGGAGCCGAUUUCAUGGUGCACUACGGCCACAGUUGUCUAAUCCCCAUAGACUCCACAGCAGGUAUUAAGAUGCUGUAUGUGUUUGUGGAUAUCCAGAUGGACAAUGCGCACUUCAUGGACACGGUCAAGUUCAACUUCCCUCCCGGAAAAUCUCUGGCACUCGUCAGCACUAUUCAGUUUGUGGCAGCACUGCAGGCUGUGAGUGCAGCCCUCAAACCAGAGUAUGAUGUGCUGGUCCCACAGUGUCGACCUCUGUCACCGGGAGAAAUUCUGGGCUGUACGUCCCCUCGCUUGGACCGUCAAGUCAAUGCCAUAAUUUAUCUGGGCGAUGGAAGAUUUCACCUGGAGUCAAUUAUGAUCGCCAACCCAGAAAUCCCUGCCUACAGAUAUGACCCCUACAGUAAAGUAUUUUCCAGGGAGUACUAUGACCACGAAGCCAUGCGUGCCUUAAGGCUCCAGGCUAUUGAUAAGGCUCGAUCGGCCCAGAGAUGGGGCUUGAUCAUGGGCACGCUGGGGCGGCAGGGCAGCCCUAAAGUCAUGGAGCAUCUGGAGUCAAAGCUCGAGUCCUUGGGAAAGCCCUUCACUCGAGUGCUCCUGUCUGAGAUUUUCCCGGGAAAGCUGGAUCUGAUGCAAGAUAUAGAUGCGUGA